AUGUGCGGAAGCUCAAACACAGAUGCUCAGCGGCCCAGAAAUUCUACUUUGCAUCGUCUGACCAGGCACCUUUUACUGAAUUACAGCAAGGGAGUGAGACCUGUCAGAAACUGGUCAAAGGCCACUACCGUUUACCUUGACCUCUUUGUCCAUGCAGUGCUGGAUGUGAAUACACAGAAUCAAAAGCUAACAACAAGCAUUUGGUUUCGGCAGAUGUGGAAGGAUGAGUUUCUCACCUGGAAUUCCAGCCUCUAUGAUGGGAUCAGGGAGAUUUCCCUGCCACUCAGCACCCUCUGGUCUCCGGAUAUCGUCAUCAACGAAUUCGUGGAUGUCAGCAGGUCCCCCGAUCUCCCCUACGUUUACGUGAAUGCUGCUGGGAUGAUCAAGAACUACAAGCCCAUGCAGGUGGUGUCCGCGUGCAGUUUGGAGGCCUACGCCUUUCCCUUCGACACCCAGAACUGCAGCCUGACCUUCAGCAGCAUCCUGCACACAGUGGAGGAUGUGGACCUCACCUUCUGGAGAAGCCGUGAGGACAUUAAGAAUGACAAGACGCUGUUUCUGGAUGACGGUGAGUGGGAGCUGCUCUCUGUGCCCUCACAUCCCCGGGUCCUGCACAUGGAGACCGGACGCUUUGCCCAGAUUCAGUUUAACGUUGUUAUCCGAAGACGCCCCCUGCUAUAUGUGGUCAGUUUGCUGAUUCCCAGUCUAUUCCUGAUGGUCAUUGACCUGGCCAGCUUCUAUCUGCCACCCAACUGUGGCACCAGGAUAACCUUCAAGACCAGCGUGCUGGUUGGCUAUACUGUCUUCAAAGUCAACAUGUCAGACAAGCUGCCGGGCACUGCGGUCAGCACUCCCCUCAUUGGGGUGUUCUUCACGGUUUGCAUGGCCCUCUUGGUUCUCAGCCUGUCCAAGUCUAUCCUGCUAGUAAAGUUCCUUCAUCUGGGGGAAGACCCUGUGCGGGAAAGGCUCUUCUCCGGCUGCUGGGUGAGCAGUGCCGUAGUCGGAGGAGGCCCCGGCGAGAGACCCCAGGCUCCCAGGCUGCAAGCAGCUGGUGACAUUGCAGGUCUCUCGUUGCGUGGGGAACAGGAGGAAGGGAAAGGAGAGGGGCCUUGGAAGGUGACGAGCGCCCGGAAGGCCCCAAUGGAGAAGAUCCUGGCAGAGCUCCUCCUGAUCAGCUCCCAGCUCCGUGCACUAGACUGGGCCAGCAGACGAGAAGUCAACUGGCUCACGCUGUCCUACAGGCUGGACAGACUGCUGUUCUGGGUGUACGUCCUGACCCUGGGGGUGUAUGCAGUCACACUCUGCUCCCUGUGGGUGGUCUGGAGCGCCCAGUAA